CCUCGCCAGUCGUGCUGAAGUAGAGUACAGACGCUACUCCUACUUUUACAACAACCAGCUACCUUUAAGCCCUUGCACUUUCUACCUGUUACCACGGACUAUGGGCUCGUCACGGGCUGCCUUCGUGGUACUGCUACUUUUACCAAGCCUCACCUCCGCCAUUGCCGACCUGGACGAGAUUCUGCACUCUGUGUCGAAGCAAAAUAAAAUCCUCCACUCGAAGAAAGGCCAACUCACACCCCUUCAGUUACUAAAGCAGAGUGUUGGUCUGAAAUACGAGAGGCAUUCGGCAUCUCCGGAAAAUGAGACGCACACGCCAUUCGAAGAAAAGAAUAUUGUCGUAGAUGUGGUGCUCAAGAAAGUGUUUGAUUCAGUACUGAAGCCUAUCUAUUUGCCGUACAGUUUAAACGCAAAUGAGGAUUGCAAAAUAGACCUCAAGGAUAGUACUUUCUACAAUAAUUUGAAGGAGCGGAAAUUAUGGGCACUCCAGAUGGUGGACUCCUGGGGCAAACUUCCCGACGGCUUCCUCUUCGGCAACCUUCGCUCGACCGGGAUGUACGAGGAAUGUCUCAACGUGUGGGCGAACUUCACCUACAAGCCAGGAAUCAUCAGUCCCUCCGUCGUUAGGAACUACACGGGGCGUUACUGUCAGAUUUAUUACGACCUGGCUCCCAAAAACGAAUCUCAGCAAGACCUCAGGAGCGGCAUUCCCAUGGAGGACCCGAGUUCCCCUCUGCCCUUCUCCUACGGCACCUGCAUCCCCUCCACCUGCACCUCCGACGAUAUGUGGAUAUCGAUCAACGAAACCCUGUUACCGCUUGGCCUGGUUGUCUCCCAUAUCGAGUGUUAUAACGUGGACGACCCGCCCGAAGAUCUCACUCCGGGCGACCAAACCAUGCUGUCGUUCAUCGGCAUUUUGGGAAUACUCGUGGCUCUGUCAACGAUCUACGACGCCACGACUUCGCAUCUUGAGAGGAGCCACAUGCGAGCGGGUAUAGUGACCUUGGCGUUCGUGUUUGAAAGCGUAUUUACCACACCCACCGCGAUCGUUAUCAUCCUUAAAUCCAUUCACAGAGAAGCCAAGAAGUUCGAGUACAUGUGGAGAGUGUACCUGACCCCUUGGUGCCGCGCCGGGCCCUGGCUGGUUGGGGUGUGGACGGCACUGGCACUGUACGACCGGGCGCUGGCCAAGAUCAGGAUCCCUAAGGUAUCGUAA